AUGUCAAACCUGAUAGAGGGCCUGGCGCGCGGCGACGCCGUGCCAGCGACGCCGCCGCAGCUCCUGCAGGCACCACCUCCAUUGCAGCAGCAGCAGCAGCAGCAGCAGCAGCAGCAGCAGCCGUCGAAGCCGCUCGACGUCUUCUUCUUCGGCAGCAGCGUCGACGCCCUCUUCCUGGAGCGCUUCUGCGACUGGGCCCAGGCGCUGCGCCCCUCCGCGCCCUCCAACCGCACCAGCUGGGAGCAGAUGCACCUCGCGCGCGCGGGGCUCGCGCAGUGCAGCGUCGAGGGCGCGGGCGUGCGGGUCUUCCACGCGUGGCACUUUGGGGUGCACCUGGACGGCCCCUACCACGAGAACCGCGCCGGCAACCUGCAGUGGCACAUGCGGCGCGCUAGGGAGGCGCUCGUUUCUGAGCCGGCGGUCGUCGUACUGGGCACGGGUCUGUGGGACGGGGCGCGCGAGGUGAUGAAGGUCCACGGCGGCAACGGCACGCACCCGGCGCUGCUGCCGCCGGACUGGGUCCGGGGCUUCGCGGCGAACGUCACGAGCAUGAUCGACCUGGCGCGGGAGCUGUUCCCCCGGUCCUACAUCGCCAUGCGCACCACGGCCCGCGUAAAGCACAACCAGCACGGCGCCGCCGCAUCGUCGCAAGUCGGCUACCAGGCGUGGCACUCCGCCAUGGGCGCCGCGCUGCGCCAGCUGGCAGCCAACCGCGGCCUGGACCUACUGGACCUCGAGCUGAUGUCAUCAUCUCUGGGCUUUGACGUGUACCUCAAGGACAACUUCCACCCAAACUCCGCCUUCAUUUUGGAGGCCUUCAACUGGCUCCUCAACAUGCACGCACGCCAUGCCGCCUGCGGGGGCGCCCGGGGGGACGGCUGGGCCGCAACGGCUAUCGCUGCGCCGGCGGCUGAUGUGACGGGGGAGGCGCGGCAGCCGCGACCCACCAAGAUGAUGCGGAGGCUGGGCAUGCUGGGGUGGCGCUGA